AUGUCGCAGGAUGUCCUGCGCACAGCGAUUAUUAUUCUGCUAAGAUUGGAUGCAGGCAACCUUCUUCAACAAGAUGACGGCAAAGCGUCACUCAUCUACCCUGAUCGUCUCAAUGCCGCACAACGCACCUUAUUGUUUCAGAGCAUGGCAGACAUGCAAGCAACUACUACCAAUACAAUUCACAGUGUGGAAGAUGACUUUCAUCUUCAGAAAGCGCUAGAUCUGAUCACGUACGGUAAUUUCAGGCGCAAUGCACGCUUUCCGACCGCUGUGACCAAAGGGCCUGAAUAUCCUCCCGCUGAACAUUUUCCUUCGUCCAACUCAACUUUGACGGAUGGGUAUAUUCUGUUGAAGGAGUUUAGACCUUUGCUCCGGUUGAUGAUUCUGACGCAGUUGCAUGUAGCCGGUAUUGGACCGGAUGAAUUCACCUCCUGUCUAUCACAGGUGGAAACUGUGACAGACUGCCUGUUGGCUGCAUUUCAAGACCGAAGUGCCACGGAUUCGACCGCAAUAUCGUUCGCUACUUUCAACCAAGUACUUGACAAGUCACUGCAAAACCUUUUCUUAGGGCUGCCCCGAGUCUUGGGGCCUCUACACUCGGUCAAACCCUUGCCGUCUGAGAAGCCCCCAUCAUCAGUUGAAGAUGCCCAGAUGCUGCUCAGGGAACUGUUCAUUUCUCCAAUCAAGACACAGCAUCCUUCAAACGGGCUAAUCACGAAUCUCCCCCUCUUGAGUCAGCUAUCAAUGGCAUUGCCGCAGGACUUUCCCAUUGAAGCACAGAAGAGUCUCUAUUCUUCUCGGGAAAUAGAUCUUCGGCAGGUGGGCACUUGCCUGUCCAUGACCAGCACGGCGAAGAUUAUCCUUGUGUCGGGAAAGAGUGCAUCUGAAUUCGUUAUAUUUGGCGCACACUUUCCCAAAGACUCUUCGCUCGGCGGUGUCGCCAAGUCGAGCGUCAUGUUUCAGCUUGCGCCAGUUCACAGAGCCUUCCAUACCUCUGAGGAGACGUCGCAGAUAGACCCGGGUUUAUCUACAGCAGACAGUCAGUUGGAGUUCUCUCUGAAGGACGAAGUUCUGGGCGUCGUUACUCUGGCGUUGCAGCCAAACUCAACAGGCCUCUUUAGAGCACAAGGAAAAGGCGACAUCAGUCUGACAUUCGACGUUGACUCUGUGGAAGUCUUCAGUUAUGAGGGAGAGUUUGUCCGUGUUGAUACUUUUGAGUAG